UUCAUUUUACAAUUUCUUCGGAUAUAAAAGUCCCCUCCAUGACCGAGUUCAAAGUCACGGUCGUACCUCUACGAGGUCAGUUGGUGCAAGAGUAUCUUCAGAAGUGGAGGAAUAUCUUUAUUAGAUUAAAUAUGACAAAAUUAAAAAUUUUUAUUGUGUCUAUAAUUUUCUCGAUGCACUGUUGUUUUGCUCAAGACCCACUCUAUUUCAUAAAGCAAUGUCAAAGAGACGAUCCAAAUAUAAAUGUUUGUUUGAAACAAUCCGCAAAUUUUCUUGUUGCGAAUAUGAAAAGAGGAAUUCCUGAACUGGGAAUAACGGAACCAGAACCAAUCAUCAUUGACGAAAUUGGAAUCGCUUUAGGAAGUGGACCUGAUGGAUAUAGGGCGUCGUUUAGAAACAUUCACGCUUAUGGGGUCAGUAACAUCACCGUAACAGGCGUUAGGUCAGAUGUAGACAGUAACCAGUUCCAGUUCACCCUGUAUAUUCCUAAAAUUUCCGCAAGAGCCAACUACGAAUCAAGUGGAGUCCUUAUUCUCGUUCAAGCUUCAGGGGGUGGCGAAUAUUGGGGGGAAUAUGAGGGGAUUAAAUGUAAAGUUUACAUAAGAGCAAGUCCCCACAGAAUUGGCCAACGCACAUUCCUGACUCUACAACAAAUCAAGAUGGAUUUUAGUGUGAAAGACAUUAGGAUGGGGGUGGAAAAUGUGCAUAAUGGCAACAGCGUGAUACAGGCAGCUUUAAAUUUGUUUAUCAACUCCAAUGCUCAAGAACUGCUCAAAGAAAUGAAACCAGAUCUCAAGAAAAAAUUGAUUGUUUUAAUGAGAAAUUUUGUAGAAAAUCUCUUCGCUAAUAUUCCCUAUGACGCUUGGAUCUCGUAAAAAUUAAGUUAAUUCUGUAAUUUAUUUGAUUAUUAUUGUGUUUUACAAUAAGUUUGUAAUUUAAGAUAAUUAUGAUUUAUGAUUGUCUCCUGUAUAGUGAAUCUAAUUAUAUAGUGACAAGAU